CGGCAGGGCCGACCGUCAUGGAGCGGGGCGGGACCUCGGCCUCCAGCGCCUGAGGUGCGCCGCCGCCGCCGCCACCGCCGCCUCAGCUUGGCCAGGCCUCCGGAACCCCCCGUCUCCACCCGGCGCCCCUCGCCCUUGGCAGCCUGUCGCCGCCUCCUGGGCGGGCCCGAAGGCGCGUCCGGUGAAGGUGCAGGCCCGGCGCCGCCGCUGCCGCAGCCGGGAGAUGAUUCGGGCCUAGCGGAGCCGUGACGGGAGGUACAUUAGCAGGGAGCUGGAUGGGAAGUGGAGCAACUGGAAUUUGAACCUGCACCCACAUGGAUGCCAGCGUAGCAGGUGGCAGCUAAAUCCUCUAUACCGUUACAUCAGCCCCAGCACUGUAGUCUGAUACCCAACCUUCACAACAUGAACCGUGAAGACCGGAAUGUGCUGCGUAUGAAAGAACGGGAAAGGCGGAAUCAGGAAAUUCAGCAGGGCGAAGACGCCUUCCCACCCAGCUCUCCUCUCUUUGCUGAGCCUUACAAAGUUACUAGCAAAGAAGAUAAAUUAUCAAGUCGCAUUCAGAGUAUGCUUGGAGACUACGAUGAAAUGCAGGAUUUCAUAGGAGAUAGAGCUAUACCAAAGCUUGUAGCAAUUCCCAAGCCUACAGUACCGCCAACCACAGAUGAAAAAUCAAAUCCAAAUUUCUUUGAACAGAGACAUGGAGGUUCUCAUCAGAGUAGCAAAUGGACUCCAGUAGGACCUGCACCCAGCACUUCUCAGUCUCAGAAACGGUCGUCUGGCUUGCAAAGUGGACAUAGUAGCCAGCGGACCAGUGCGAGCAGCAGCAGUAGCACCAACAGCAGUGGCCAGAGGCAUGACCGUGACUCAUACAGCAGCAGUGGGAGCAGUAGCCGGAAAAAAGGCCAGCAUGGAUCAGAACACUCCAAAUCACGUUCGUCUAGCCCUGGAAAGCCCCAGGCUGUUUCUUCAUUAAGCUCUAGUCAUUCCAGAUCUCAUGGGAAUGAUCACCAUAGCAAGGAACAUCAGCGUUCCAAAUCUCCUCGGGACCCUGAUGCGAACUGGGACUCUCCCUCUCGCGUACCGUUUUCAAGUGGGCAGCAUUCAAAUCAGGCUUUCCCACCUUCAUUGAUGUCAAAGUCCAGUUCCAUGUUACAGAAACCCACUGCCUAUGUGCGGCCCAUGGAUGGACAGGAGUCCAUGGAACCCAAACUGUCCUCUGAGCACUACAGCAGCCAAUCCCAUGGCAACAGCACAACCGAACUGAAGCCCAGCAGCAAAGCCCAUCUCACCAAGCUGAAAAUCCCUUCCCAACCACUGGAUGCUUCAGCUUCUGGUGAUGUGAGCUGUGUGGAUGAAAUCCUUAAAGAGAUGACGCAUUCAUGGCCUCCCCCUCUAACGGCUAUUCAUACUCCAUGCAAAACAGAACCUUCCAAAUUUCCUUUUCCAACCAAGGAGUCACAGCAGUCCAAUUUUGGCCCUGGAGAUCAAAAAAGAUAUAACCCUUCUUCAAAAUCUUCAAAUGGGCACCAGCCUAAAUCAAUGCUAAAAGAUGACUUAAAACUCAGCAGCAGUGAGGACAGUGAUGGCGAACAGGAUUGUGACAAAACAAUGCCCAGGAGUACACCCGGAAGUAAUUCUGAACCCUCCCAUCAUAAUAGUGAAGGGGCAGAUAACUCCAGAGAUGAUUCUAGCAGCCACAGUGGAUCAGAAAGCAGCUCUGGAUCUGACUCCGAGAGUGAAAGCAGUUCCAGUGACAGUGAGGCGAAUGAGCCGUCCCAGAGCGCGUCGCCCGAGCCUGAACCACCACCAACAAACAAAUGGCAGCUUGAUAAUUGGUUGAAUAAAGUGAACCCCCAUAAAGUGUCUCCAGCAUCUUCUGUGGAUAGUAACAUCCCAUCAUCUCAAGGCUACAAAAAGGAGAGCCGAGAUCAGGGCCCUGGGAGUGGCUACACUGACACCAGCGCGCCGAAAGAGACGAGUUCUGCUACUCCCGGGCGGGACUCCAAAACCAUCCAGAAGGGGUCAGAGAGUGGGCGCGGCAGGCAGAAGUCUCCUGCACAGGGUGACAGCACAACACAGAGGAGAACUGUAGGCAAAAAGCAACCUAAAAAGGCUGAGAAGGCAGCUGUUGAAGAACCCCGAGGAGGCCUGAAGAUAGAGAGUGAGACCCCGGUGGACAUGGCUGCCAGCCUGCCGUCCAGCAGGCACAAAGCAGCCACCAAGGGCUCAAGGAAACCCAAUAUAAAGAAGGAGUCUAAAUCUUCCCCUCGGCCUCCAGCAGAGAAAAAGAAAUACAAGACGGCAAGUAAAUCUUCCCAGAAAUCCCGGGAAAUCAUAGAGACAGAUACCUCAUCCUCGGAUUCAGAUGAAAGUGAGAGCCUGCCUCCUUCCUCGCAGACGCCCAAGUACCCUGACAGCAGCAGGACUCCAGUGAAACCCUCCUCAGUGGAGGAAGAAGAUAGCUUUUUUAGGAACCGAAUGUUCUCUCCUAUGGAAGAGAAGGAACUUCUGUCACCCCUCAGUGAGCCUGAUGACAGGUAUCCUCUUAUUGUGAAGAUUGACCUGAAUCUCUUGACUAGAAUACCAGGGAAGCCUUACAAAGAAACAGAGCCACCCAAGGGGGAGAAGAAAAAUGUGCCAGAGAAGCACACACGGGAGGCCCAGAAGCAAACCUCAGAGAAGGGCUCCAACAAGGGCAAGAGGAAACACAAGAGUGAUGAUGAUAACCGAGCCAAUGAGAGCAAGAAACCUAAAACAGAAGAUAAGAAUUCAACAAGCCACAAGCCAUCCAGCAACAGAGAGUCAUCUAAGCAAAGUGCUGCGAAAGAAAAGGACUUGUUGCCUUCCCCUGCUGGGCCUGUGCCUUCGAAAGAUCCCAAAUCAGAGCACAGCUCUCGGAAGAGGACUAUCAGUCAGUCUUCGUCCCUCAAGUCCAGCAGCAACAGCCACAAGGAGAACAGUGGCAGCAGCAAGAGCAGCUCCUCCACGUCAAAGCAGAAGAAGACUGAAGGGAAGACUUCCAGCAGCUCCAAGGAGGUGAAGGAAAAGGCUCCAAAUAGUGCCUCUAACUGUCCUCCGUCUACACCGACUCCUGACACGUCUAAGCCUCGGAGAACAAAGCUUGCCUUUGAUGACAGAAGUUACUCAGCCGACCACUAUUUACAAGAAGCAAAGAAGCUAAAGCACAAUGCAGAUGCAUUGUCGGAUAGGUUUGAGAAAGCCGUGUACUAUCUUGAUGCUGUGGUGUCUUUUAUUGAAUGUGGGAACGCGUUGGAGAAGAAUGCUCAGGAAUCCAAAUCCCCGUUUCCUAUGUAUUCAGAGACAGUGGAACUCAUCAAGUACACUAUGAAGCUGAAGAGUUACCUGGCACCAGAUGCUACAGCUGCAGACAAAAGGCUCACAGUCCUCUGCCUGCGCUGCCAGUCUCUGCUGUACCUGAGGCUGUUUAAGCUGAAGAAGGAAAAUGCUCUGAAAUACUCGAAGACACUCACGGAGCACCUAAAGAAUUCCUACAAUAAUUCUCAAGCACCAUCCCCCGGUUUGGGAAGCAAAGCUGUUGGGAUGCCCUCCCCUGUUUCUCCCAAGCUGUCGCCAGGCAAUUCAGGAAGUUACUCCUCUGGGGCCAGUAGUGCUUCAGCAAGUGGCUCGUCAGUGACCAUUUCACAGAAGAUCCACCAGAUGGCAGCCAUCUAUGUGCAGGUUACAUCCAACUUCCUCUAUGCCACCGAAAUUUGGGACCAAGCUGAACAGCUUUCCAAAGAGCAGAAAGAAUUCUUUGCUGAACUGGAUAAGGUGAUGGGCCCACUCAUCUUUAACGCGAGCAUCAUGACAGAUCUGGUCCGUUACACCCGGCAGGGACUGCACUGGCUCCGCCAGGAUACCAAGUUGAUGUCUUGAACUGAACAUAUUCUUGAUGCCUCUGAUUUUUCUCCACAACACUGUGUCACAUCACAAAGGAAACUGCCAUAACCAUGCCACCUAGUUGACACUAAGAAUGAGGAACGAUUUUCUCCUCCUUGGUCCGUGUGUUGUUUUUAAUAACCCAAAACCAUCGUUUCAGUUGACCCUUUCAACAUGUCCAAUGUGAAAAAUUAUUUAAAUGCAGCACAGUUGCAAGAUGCUUUAUAAUAAGAUCGAAAUACCAGUUGUGAUUCAUAACUAAGGAAAUGAAAUUCUAUUUAUUUUAAUUUUUCUAAGUUCCCAGAUUGGGGCUUGUUUGAAACGUUAAUUAUUUCUGCCUAUAAAUUUACUCUAUUGAAUAUUUAGCAUAAAUUUAAUGUAAACAUUUUUAUUUAUAUACUUUGGGAAGUUUGUUACCUAAUAAUGUCUUUUUGUGGUAGCUCUUCUAAGAGUUAAGAGUUGGUUCAUCUAGAACAUGGACCUGUGUGUCUAUUCCUACUACCUGAAUAUUAUUUCAAAUCUUAACUACAAUUUUAUUAUUGUAGAAUUGAUGCUUAGUAUUAAGGAUAUUAUACACAUGAAAAAUCACUUAAAUAUGAGAUGUCAUUCUAUGUGGAUGUGAAAUGAAAUGUGUCUGAUUUGGUAUGCAUUACUUCAGAAACUGUGAAUGUGUGUUUAUAACACUAGAACAAUCACAAGGUGUCUAGGACUUGCAUUUAAUGCAUUACAGAAGAGAAAAGGCAGCUUCCCGGGAGAGUGAUAGCAUACUGAAUGGUUUCAUAAAAGGACAAUCUUGAACUAUAGGGGUUUUAUUAUAAAACCGUGUGUUCUUUUUUGCUGUCAAUCAUUUGACACUUAAUUGAAGCAGAGUAAAUUACUAUGGGGAAAAAAAGCAAAAGAUGGUCCAUCUCCUGAGGGUUGUUGCCGGUGUCUCUUGAAUUGAUAUUUGAAGGUUACAAAUCUCUCUGCCAGUUUCCUUGUCUCGUACUAGAUUGUACUGUUCUGACAAGAGCCUGCGGCGAGUGCUGUGGCGUGGGCUGGAGCUUCGAGGGGUGUGCUUUUGCUGUUCAGCUUACAGUUCUAAUGCCCAAUGGGGAGAUGAUGAGUUUUUCUCCUUUUUAAACAUAUCUUGUAUUUACUCCCUUUGUAUUGCGAAGGCCCUCAUCAAUGAUGUAUGUUUCUGAUGGUAUCAGAAAAUUUGCGCUAGAAAAACACAUCACUCGGUUCGUGCUGAGCUCUCUGGGGAAGCAGAGGGAGCAGGGGCCAAGCUUGGGAACCAGCUCUGUAAGAACUGUGUCUCCAGGUUCCUUUCCCUGUCACAUGCAUGUAGGAAUCAAGGGUGACAGAUGGACCUUCCAUAUUUUAUUUGUGACACCCCUCUCUUGUCUCGUGUGCCUUAAAUCUUACCUUUCAAUGAAAACUCUAUGGAUUGUUUACAGAUGAAGUUUUACACUAGAAGCAUACCGCCCAUACGUAGUUGGUCUUCUAUAGUAAUAUUAAAUUCUCUUUCCUUUCAAAUCUUCUUUUAGGGCCACAUCUGUUUUUCCAGUCAAUCUAACGCUUUUGUACAUGACUUAGUCUAACUAGUUGGAUAAUGCUGCUUCAAAAAAUAAUUUGUCCUUCUUCUCAUUCCAAAAAUGAAUCCGUCCAACCCAGGAGAGAAGGAAAAAAAAAAAAACAUGGCCCUACUGCACGUAGAUGGUGGCUGAGGCCUGAAAUUGGAAAGGGAGAAGAUGGGCGGAAAAUCUCAACAUUCAAUGGUGCAGUGAAUCUUUUUUUGUCUCCGAGUCUCUUUUACACUUCUUUCUGAAACUAGUGAACUCGCAUCGUCCUGUGACCUGCUCUGUACCACGUUUGUUUGUUUUUUUUUUAAUGUAUCAUUAACAGUUGAGAUCUGUAAAUUAUGUUGGAUUUAACCUUUUUCUCUUGGAGAAAUUGCCUCUUAAAUCUUUCUGAUUGAACCUUAGUGUGUCCUAGGAA